AUGGUCUCUCGUUCAGCCGUCCUCACUGGCGCUCUCGCCCUACUCUCACCCCUCGCCGCCCAUGGCUUUAUGGUCCCUGUUCCAGACACUCUCCAGGCCUUCCUCGGUCCAAACAGUAUGAACCCUGGCCCAAACUCUCACCACAAUGAAGCUGAAAGUGCCUUCAACCGUCCCUCGUGGUUCACCUCGGCUUUGAUGGCCCGCCGUAUGCUUGCUUUGUCACCCUCCGCUGUCCUCUCCACCGACUUCCCAGAGACCAUCCCCCCCUCCAGACACGCCCCUCCCUCGGAUGUUGCCGGUCACUCUAUCGCACUUCGCGAGUACAUCGCCGAUUGUGAAGGAUCCCUGCCGUCGGAUCUAUCUCCCGGUGAUAACGGCAACCCAACAAUUCUUGGCCUUCACAUUGGUACCACCUUUAAGAACAUCGCAGCUGGCUCUAAUCUCAGUCUCCAGCUAGACUGGUGGGAUCACCUUGAUGCUGCCGGUCCAGUCUACCCUGGCCUUCCUCUUAGCCCGGCUGCUCUGCCUCGUGUCACUCUCAUGGGAUACAUGGAAAACCUCCCGUCGCCGCUGCCCGCUGACACAGCCGCGGCCCUCGAGCAGUGUUUCACCGAGCCUCACCCUGAUGCUAAGGCCUGGCUACCCACUGCUGCUUACUCCCCUCAUUCGAGUUUCUGGGCCCGCAUGGUGGUCACCCAUGCUAUCUGGAUUGGUGGAUUUGGCGACGUGCAGCAGAUUGGGUGGAUCAAUAUGACCGAGUGGCACGGUAUCCGACCCCACGGUAGUGAGGAGGGUGUUGGUGAUGGAAGAGGAUGGAAGGAUGUCCGUUUGCCCGGCGAGAGGGUGUAG